AUGUACGUCGACUCAAAGAGGGCCUGGUUCCUCCACGAUGGCGCUCACUUUGAGCGUACUGAUGGCGGUAUCCAGGUCGGUUGCCAUGUUGGUGUUAGGCUUGACUGCAACGAAGGCAUCUUGUCCUACUUUCUGAACGGAGAACCCUACGGACCAAUCGUGUUUCGUCAUCUCAAACAGACCGUAUUGCAACGUCGGCGAUCAGCCACGGCCACGACCACCUCUACCGCCCUCACAACCACCACCACCACCACCACCACCACCACUACCACUGGCUCCAACACGGCCAGCAACGUUGUCAUCUUCUACCCAGCGGUCAGUUUAAAUAGAUCAGUCCAAAUGACCCUGAUUACCGGCAUCCAUCCGCCCAGCGACAGUGAUGAUAGUGAAGAUGAGAUCCACGCCAGUAGUCAGGUGAGCGGCCUGGCCUCGACUGUCAUCGGUGGUCUCAUGCCUGUCCGAAUGAAAGAGGACUCAGCCCAUCUAUAG